GAAACAAAAUCUGAUCUAAAACUAAAACCAGGAUUACGAUUACACAUAGAAUCAAUCCAUCAAUCUUUGUCCCAUUUUAAAAUUCUUCUUCUAAUUCUAACAAAAUCAUUCAUUCUUAUCCGCUGCCUAUUCAGAAAUUAUGGCUGCUUGUAGUACUAGUAUAGUGAAUAUGCCCCCAGUGAAUGUUGGAACUUUUAAGGGUGGUAGUAAGAACUAUGCAAUUCUGAAGCCCAAUUCUUUUCCAACUCGACCUUGUUGGUAUAAGCAGCAGCAUUCUAUGUUGGUAGUGAAGGCGAGUGAGGGGCCCAUUAAGAAGUUGGGUUUGAGUGAUGCGGAAUGUGAGGCUGCUGUUGUUGCCGGAAAUGUCCCCGAAGCGCCCCCCGUGCCCCCUGUCCCUGCUUCUCCCCCUGGAACUCCCCUCAUUUCUCCAUUUGAUAUAUCUAGACGGCCUCGUCGGAAUCGCAGGUCACCGGUUUUGAGAUCUGCAUUCCAGGAAACAAGCUUGUCUCCUGCAAAUUUUGUAUACCCGCUUUUUAUUCAUGAAGGUGAAGAAGACGUACCUAUUGGUGCCAUGCCUGGUUGCUAUAGGCUUGGAUGGAGACAUGGGCUUCUUGAAGAGGUUGCAAAGGCUCGUGAUGUUGGAGUCAAUAGUAUCGUGCUCUUUCCAAAAGUUCCAGACGCAUUAAAGACUCCCACAGGUGAUGAAGCCUAUAAUGAUGCUGGAUUAGUACCUCGAACAAUUCGAUUGCUCAAAGACAAGUACCCCGAUCUUAUUAUCUACACUGAUGUUGCACUAGACCCAUAUUCUUCAGAUGGGCAUGAUGGUAUUGUCAGAGAAGAUGGAGUAAUAAUGAAUGAUGAGACUGUGCAUCAAUUAUGUAAACAGGCUGUUUCACAGGCCCGUGCUGGUGCUGAUGUUGUAAGCCCCAGUGAUAUGAUGGAUGGCCGGGUAGGGGCAAUUCGGUCAGCACUUGAUGCUGAAGGUUUUCAGCAUGUAUCUAUCAUGUCCUAUACUGCAAAGUAUGCAAGCUCCUUUUAUGGCCCUUUUCGAGAAGCUUUGGAUUCGAAUCCCCGCUUUGGAGACAAAAAAACGUACCAAAUGAACCCGGCUAAUUAUAGAGAAGCCCUGAUUGAAUUGCGUGCUGAUGAGUCUGAAGGAGCUGACAUCCUUCUGGUCAAGCCAGGGUUGCCUUACUUAGAUGUCAUAAGGUUGCUCCGAGAUAAUUCUCCAUUGCCAAUUGCUGCAUAUCAGGUCUCCGGAGAGUAUUCAAUGAUAAAAGCAGGUGGCGUUCUGAAAAUGAUUGAUGAACAAAAAGUAAUGCUAGAAUCAUUAAUGUGUCUGAGGCGUGCUGGAGCGGAUAUCAUUCUCACUUAUUUCGCAUUACAAGCAGCCAGAUGUUUGUGUGGUGAAAACUAGGACGAUGUAAGCCAUACCUGAGUUUCUUGACAGAAGGGAAUUUUUUUUUUUUAAAUUGUAUUUAUUGUAAUAUAUUAAUAAAAGUAGAAGAAACGUAAAACAAUUUUCUUGGAAAACCCUUUUUAUAAUUGUUACUUGUGAUAAAUUUCUGUGGAGAGUUUGAAAUAACGUUUGCAGAAUUAUAUUAUGCAA